UCCGGACCGGAGCCAGGCGAGCAGCCCCGGGCAGAAGGGCGCAUUCUCCUGGGUGACCUCAGGAGAUGAGGCUGUUGAACCGGGAGGGGCCACAUGGAACCACCCGAUUGGCGCCCUCUCCUUGGCUCGCUCUUCCCCACUUGCUGGGGUGCCCCCCUCCCCCGUCGUCCGACGUAAGGACCCCAGGCACCCAUUUGUCGUAUCUUCCAGUUUCCGGCUCCCGUCUGAGCGCUGCUCCUCUACCCAGGACGCACGCCCAGGAGAAUCUGCUCAACGUCCUCCCAGGCUUCCAACUUCCUGGAGCACCUCUUUAUGUGACAGGGCCCAGUCCGGUCCUCUGUCCCUGAGGAUGCCUCCCAAGGCGCACCCCCGCUUCCUCCUCACAGCCCACUCCCUAGCUGGCCUCGCCAACCUGGCCGUAGGAAAACUGGUCCCCAACACGUUUAGUUCGGAAACGCACUGACUGGGCCCUUCUUGAAAAGGGCAGGGGUGGGGGUGGGGGCGCGGGCGACGGGGGCCUGGUUCCCUCCCCCUGGUGCUGUGGCUUUCGCUUUCACUUCCUUGUCGGAGGGAGAGUCGACGGAGCUCCAGGGCUGAGCGGUCAUGGCGUUACUGGAUCUGUGCGGAGCCGCUCGGGGCCAGCGGCCCGAGUGGGCAGCGCUGGGUACGGACAUCGGGCAUCGCUCGGACCCGGGGCACUACAGUUUCUCUGCGCAGACUCCGGAGCUCGCACUUCCCCGGGGGAUGCAGCCCACUGAAUUCCUGAAGUCUUUCGGUAGUGACCAAGAAAGGAAUGUUCAGAUUGAGAUGGCCCAUGGCACGACCACGCUGGCCUUCAAGUUCCAGCACGGAGUCAUUGUGGCCGUGGACUCCCGGGCCUCUGCUGGGAGUUACAUUGCCACCCUGAGGGUGAACAAGGUGAUCGAGAUCAACCCUUACCUGCUUGGCACCAUGUCCGGCUGUGCCGCCGACUGUCAGUACUGGGAGAGGCUGCUGGCCAAGGAGUGUAGGCUGUACUAUCUGCGGAACGGGGAGCGCAUCUCCGUGUCUGCGGCCUCCAAGCUGCUUUCCAACAUGAUGAUCCAGUACCGGGGCCUGGGCCUGUCCAUGGGGAGCAUGAUCUGUGGCUGGGACAAGAAGGGGCCAGGACUCUACUACGUGAAUGAAAAUGGAACCCGGCUCUCCGGACAGAUGUUCUCCACAGGCAGCGGGAACACCUAUGCCUACGGGGUGAUGGACAGCGGGUACCGGCCGGACCUCAGCCCCGAAGAGGCCUACGACCUGGGCCGCAGGGCUAUCGUCUAUGCCACCCACAGAGACAGCUAUUCUGGGGGAGUCGUCAACAUGUACCACAUGAAGGAAGACGGUUGGGUCAAAGUGGAGAGCUCGGAUGUCAGUGACCUGCUGCACAAAUACCGAGAGGCCAAGCAGUGACGGCGGCAGCUGGACAGGCCUCCUCCUGGGCUCUGGCGAGCCCGGUGAACUCAAGGAUGUGCGCCAGCUUCAGUCCCAGGAGAAAGAAGGGCCCGAGCAGAAAGCUCCAGGCCUGGGGGACAGCCAGGCUCACCCUGUCCGUCAGCCAGCUCCCCAUCCCUGGAGACCUUCUAAGUAACAAUAAAAGAAAACGGUUA